AACUUUUAUACCACAGAGCUAGACAGGAAAAUGGUUGUCCUAAAAGGGAUUUCUUCCAUACUCUCUCCUGAACUGUUGUAUACGUUAGCUAAAAUGGGCCACGGGGACGAGCUUGUUCUUGCUGAUGCAAACUUUCCUGCUUCUUCACUUUGUCGCUGUGGACCAACUGAAAUAAGAGCGGAUGGACUUGGCAUUCCUCAACUGUUGGAAGCCAUAUUAAAACUGUUUCCACUGGAUACUUAUGUUUGUUGCCCGGCUGCUGUUAUGGCUGUAGUGGAAUAUGACAAGCAGAGGCUGAAGAUACCAGUGUGGGCGGAAUACAUGCGACUCCUUAACCAAGCUGGAUCAUCUCAACCUUUGGAAAAAGUUGAAAGAUUUUUAUUUUAUGAGCGGGCUAAGAAGGCUGCUGCUGUUGUUGCCACGGGGUAA